CAUUGCGCAUCUCUGUGCCCAAUGAUGAUCCAGUGAUGGCCCAGCAUGGCGGAAGCAGUCACCAGGGCUUCGGCGUCAGAUGCGGCUGGUGAUUGGGUGCGUGUGGCCGACAGUCAGGCACUGGCUGCGAAGGAGCGGCUCCAUCUGCAAGUUGAGGGGCGCUAUGUCUCCGUUCUCCGUGGGAAGGCUGGGGCCUUGCACUGCCUCGACUCCAUUUGUUAUCAUACUGGUGGCCCGCUGACCAUCGGUGACAUUGAGGACAUCAAUGGUGAGCCAUGCGUGAAGUGCCCCUGGCAUGACUACCCGGUGCGCCUCCACGAUGGCGCCAAGCCCUACCAAUCCAUGAAGUUUGAUCCGGUGACCAAGAAGCUGACGCCGGACGGCUGGAAAUUUACCAAAAACAGCCAGCGGAGCCAUGAGAUUGUGGACCGUGGUGAGGGCCCAGACGGAGGGCUCUGGGUUCGACUCAGCACUGGUGGCAAGUGUGAGAGCGAUCAGUUCGCCUACAACGCCAGCGCUGCGAAGAAUGUUUGGAAUGGUGAUAGCUCUUUCCGUCCGGACGGAAAAUCCGAUCCAAGCCCGCACGGCUACAAGCGCAGUGGCGAGGUGCUGGCAGAGAUUCGUUCUGGGAAGGCUUUGGGUCUGCUGAGGGCCCCUCCGCCCAUGAGCAGUUCGGCAGUGCAGAUGCAUCCCACAGAGUGGCGACCCUUUCGGAUUCUCAGUAAGAAACAGAUGACACGCAGCAUGUGGCUCUUCCGUUUCGCCCUUCCCGAAGGUCAAACCCUGGCGCCACCUGGUGCCCGCUGGGAAGUGGAGCGACAUGUGCGGCUCCGUUUGCCUGGGCAUGGGCAGCAGUUAGUACGGGAAUACACCCCGGUGUCGCCCCCGAAACGUCCUGGGAGCUUUGAUUUGGCCAUCAAGAUCUAUGAAGAGGGGGCGAUGAGUUCCAGACUUGCGAGGAUGGCGCCGGGCCAAGUUGUCGAGAUGACCGGUUUGCAUGGAGACUACACCAUCUCUUGGCCUUCGCGAACAAUCUUCAGGGCAGGAGAAGCAGGGCUUCAAUUUCGCAGUUUGGCGUUUCUGGUGGCAGGCAGCGGCGUGACGCCAUGCAUUCAGAUCCUCCAGGACUGGGUGGCUCAAGGCGAAGCGUGCAGCUCCAUUCAAAUGGACAUUUUGUACGCCAACCGGACUGAGGAUGAGAUCGCCUUCCGGUCCGAGCUGACUGACUUGGCCAAGCUGUGUCGGAGUGUCAACGUGUGCUUCGCAGUCACCAAUCCCACAGAGGCCUGGGGCGGUCACCGUGGCCGGAUCGACCUGGACCUCCUGCGCCAACAGCUGGGCGAUGCGGCGGAGGCGACCGUGGCGUUGGUGUGUGGCCCACCUGAGUUCAACGAAACCAUGCGGCUUCAUCUGAAUAGCCUGGGCUUCACCCGCGUGAUUUGCUUUUGACUUCAUUUGGCCCAAGCUGUUUGUGGCUCCGCUGUGAUCAGUUUCAGUGCCUUCUCAGCCAAUGGAUCUACCUGCAAGCUUGGAUGCCCAAAGUUGGCGAAACCGGCUGUGAAAAAUUGUUCGCCAGCAAAUGCAUAGAAGUGGAGUUUGGAAGUCAACAGCGCUCCCUGUGUGGAGAGCCUGCAGACAGUGAC